GCUGAGUAGCAUCCUCACCUGUGGUACCUGGCUUAAUUCUCUGGCCGUUUCCCACAGUCAGUGCAGAGACCUGUUCCCACAACCUCCCCUCUGGGCCACAUCCACUGAUGUUUAUAGACCACCUCCCAGUUCACCAGUCCACAAAUACACUGGGAAGGUGUACUGGGGGGCCCUCAACUCAUGUAGCCUGGAAGGUUCCUGAACAUCCUACCCACACAACCAUCCAGAGAAUUCACUGACUUUCCAACAGUGCUCUGCUUCUCAGACAGAAGGGCACAGGAGACUUUGGUGCUCCAGGAGUCCCAGGAGACAAGUGGCCAAGGCCUAAGAAGUGAGUGAGGAGAUAGCAAAGGAAAUGGUGUGGGUAAGAAGUGGACUGGAGCUGCAGGAGCUGGCCUGAGGGCUCCAUGAAGGUCAGAGACACCUCCAUGUGUGUGAACUUAGGCAGGCAGGCCUUGGCUGCUGAGUGCCCAAAGGCAGAAGAGCAGAGUUCUGGUGUGAGUGUAAGAGUCACCAGGUGCAGUUUCAGAGAGCCUUACUGGAGCCAGACAUGGCUCCAGGUACUGGAAAUAAUGCAAGGAGUCCCCCAAGAACAGGGCUUCCACACCUGGAGCUCAGUGCACAUCCUUCCUUCUCUGGGAGGGCCCAGUUAUAGCCCCCUAGGAUAUAGGUCCCUAGGAGCUGGUGUACAGGCCUCCUCCCAGUGCAGUGCACGGAGGCUUUGCUGCUGCCCAGGGACAACUGUCUCAACUGUCCCUCAGUCUGGUUAGGCUAGGGCCAAUGUGCAGGCAGGCAUGGAAGACACUCUGCAAUUGGGGCUGAAGGGUUAGCCUUGGGCACACCCACUUUUCUGGAAGCAGUUUCCAUCCUUGUUGGGUCCCCUGACCAGGACGUGAAUGGCUGAGCAGCCAAGCCAGGCUGUGUGCACAGACAUGGCAAUGACAUUCAAGAACAUUCGUCCUCAGUCUGGGGUGAUGAGGUGACCAGCUGCCUGAUCCAAGGUUCUGUCCCUUUCCUUGCCGCCUCCACCCCAGGGCUUUACCAGGAGCCACUCGACCCUUUUUCACUUUCUGGAGGAGGUGAUCUCAGGGCUCCCCUGGCUGCCUUCCACCCCCAAUGCUGGGCCAGCUGCCAGAGGCCCAGCCUCUCGCAUCCGGCGCCCCUCCCACCACACUCCGAAGAGAGCCAACAUCUGUCUCCUCGCCCCAGUCUUUCCUGUCAAGCCCCUCCUCCCUGGCCCUCCAACUCCAGCGCAUCCUCCCUUCCCGCUUAACGGUCCUCGCUGUGGGAGGGAGCCUGCAGGAUGUCCUCCCGGGACCGCUCUGGGUUUGGCUGACUUCCAGGGUGUCCUGGUCAGCGAAACCCGCGCCGGUCUCCAAGUCAGCCUUGUGAGGACUUGGCUAUGACCCAAGGCCCGCAGCAAGCCCUUCCCGCCGGCCCCACCAACGCACCCCUCUCCGGUGCACGCUCGGGAGGCUGGGGCCUCCGCCCCCGCUCGGACGUUCCCAUGCCAGGACAGGCCCCAAUGGUCGCCCGCAUUGUGGGACGACCGAGCCAACUGACGCCGGCUAAGAGCAGGCCACGGCCCCGUGCGUCCCGCGAGGGUUGCUGAACACCCGGGCCGCUGCAACCGCAGGGCGCCGCCACCCGGAACCCGCGGGACAGCCCUGGGCUGGGGCCGGCGGAGCCGAACGCGCGACGCACCAGCCAGUGGGUCUGCGGCAACUUCCGGCGUCUAGUCCCGGCCUCCGCUCAGCCACCGGCACUCUCCCGAGCAGCGCUAGGAAGGCGCGUAACCGACGGGGCACGGCGGAGGGAAAGGGCUUGGAGGCGGGAGGACCCUGAGCCGCGUGUUCCGCAGCCAUGGAGCACGACGACCCUGCCGAGGCGCUGACGGAGCUGCGUGAGCGGCGGCUGGGCGCGCUGGAGCUGCUGCAGGCGGCGGCGGGCUCGGGGCUGGCCGCCUACGCCGUGUGGGCGCUGCUGUUGCAGCCAGGCUUCCGCCGAGUGCCGCUGCGGCUGCAGGUACCCUAUGUAGGCGCCAGUGCACGGCAGGUUGAGCAUGUGUUGUCGUUGCUGCGUGGUCGCCCGGGAAAAAUGGUGGAUCUGGGCUCUGGAGACGGCAGAAUUGUGUUGGCGGCCCACAGGUGCGGUCUCCGCCCAGCUGUGGGCUACGAACUGAACCCGUGGCUUGUGGGGCUUGCGAGGUUGCAUGCCUGGAGGGCCGGUUGUGCUGGCAGCGUCUGCUACCUUCGUGAGGAUCUCUGGAAGGUGAGCCUGAGGGACUGCCGAAACGUGUCCGUGUUCCUGGCCCCCAGCGUGCUCCCCUUGCUGGAAGAUAAACUGCUGGCGGAGCUGCCUGCUGGGGCUCGUGUGGUAUCUGGACGCUUCCCCCUACCCACCUGGCAGCCUGUGGCUGUGAUCGGUGAAGGCCUAGAUCGGGUCUGGGCCUACGAUGUCGACAUGGACGUCCACCAUGCCAGACCUGCUGCCACAUCCUGUCCCAUCCUGCCCACCCCAGGACCUGGUUCUGCCUUGGCCCCCAGCCUCCCAAGUUCUCAGGCUGGCUAACUGGACACAAUAAAGGCUCAUAGAUCAAA